AUGCUUUCUAUGGAAGUGCUCGAGAGAAACGAUCUCUCAUACUAUCGAGCUGUCAAAGAUGGGUGCGUGUAUGAGAUUGUGGCCAGCUCCGUUGUGGAUGCAUUUGCUGACUUUUGUUCAUUGGCCCAAUCGGCCGCAAACGCAUCAACCCAAGUAGCAAGACCAGAAACAGAAUUGCAGAUUUGUUGCAAAAUGUUGGCUUUCUUCAAGAACAAGGUUGGUGAUGAUCCAGUGCCGUAUCAAGACAUUGCACCUGCCAUCCUGCGGAGCAAACCUCAGCGUCCAGAAUGCAUUCCUCACCUAUACAGCUUCAUGAUCAGAUGCGGUGGUGGGAAGAGCGCCCACCUCUUUACCACCACAGAAUCAUUCGUGAAAGCUCAUGGACACAGCGGGAGGGCCUUAGGCGUUCAAGCUUGGGACAACCUGGCUUUGGAUGUUCGCCAGAAGGGCAUGGAGCAAUGCGUGCUUUGGAGGCACGCCUUGCUGAAGGCAAUGUAUUGCCACCAAGAAGGGUUGAUCACCCACAGUGAUGUGAGAAAAAGCCUGAGUCACAAGGAGACCUUUGCCAAGGCCACCCAAUUUGAGAUCUUGCUCAAAGAGCUGAAGCGUUUUGGUGACAGCUUGUCUGACCUGUCACCGCACCAACGGUUGAUUGGUUUGGGCAUCUUUGAGGUGGAGUCAGUGAUUGUCGUCUUGAACAAAAAGCCUAAGGACGUAGUGCAGCCAUUUCAGACUUGCAAGGACAUGACAGAAGCAGCGUUCAACUGUGUGCAGUUCUGGCGUCAGUUCUCAGAAGAUCACGCGCCGUCUCCGUGGGACUCAGCAGCUAUGACAACUGCAACUGCUGCGUCGUCCACAACAUCGAAGGAAAAGAUCCGGGACUACACUGCGGAUGGUCAGCUCACUUCCAAUGCCAUCGUUCUUGAUGCAGGGUUUGAGAAAGGCAUGAUGAUCGUGAGAAAAUCAGACAGCAUGCAAGCCCAGAUCAAAGACAUUGGUCAAAAGGUGGUAGUGGUGACUGACAUGAGCGAUGGACGGGAUUACAAUCUUGAUGUGGACAAACUCAUCGGAGGUGAAUGGAAAGAACAGGCCAAGGAAAAGGUCAAAGAACCAGUGAAGGAUCCCGAUGCAUGGAAAGAUCUCAUGAACACAGCUGUCAUCAAGGCAAGUGUCAUUCAAAGGUUGCACGAUGCGCUGAAACAGCGCCCAGACCAAAACAAAGACUUGGACAUGUUUCAAAAACCGAAGGGUGUCACUGCCACAGCAGACAUCGCCAAGAACAAGUGCGUGUUGAUUCCUUUGACGAGCAAGGUUGAUGUUGUGAAACAGGCAGAGGCCAAGGAACCUUCAGCAGUGGCUAUCAAGCUGGAUGUUGAGAAGCAUGAUGGGCAAGACUUCAAUGUUUGCUUGCAGCCUCCCGGAGUUUGCGUCCCAUUUUGGAUGAUGAAGGUCACGAGUGAGCAAGAAGAUUCGAACAUGGUUUUGGUCAAGUCAGGUAAGAUUCUGGUCGCCAGAAACCCAGACAAAAUAGAUGCUGGGGAUGACUUGGUGUUGUUCCGUCCUGAGACUGCGAAGAAAGCGCCAGAACCAUUGCAGCUGUCAUCGGGGAAACCUGCAAAGAGGCAAAGGACCAAAGCCCCCACCGCGUGA